GACUGGGUACAACAGAGUCAAAAGAUGAAUACCGGCCUUCCUUUAUGGAUCACUUUGAUAAGAUGUUUGAAACGCCUCCAACAACUAAUCACGUUAAUGAUAGAAGAAGUUCAGAUAGCUCAACUAAUUCUCAAGUCGUGAUGAGAAGAACAGAGUCGCCUUUUAGUCCACCCAAGAAAUUUGGACCUGGAGAUUUUGAAUUUGUAAGUAGCUACAUGCAUUGAUCUCACUGAUUUCUAUUUAUAUUGGACAACUCUAUCAGUUGUAAACUGUUCUCCCUAGAGGUCCUGUAAGGAUCAUCUUUUAUUGCUCCAGUGUUAACACAGGAGGAAACCUAAACUAAACUAACUUCAUUUAUACUGGAUAGCUCUAUCAGAUUUAAACUGUUCUCCCUAGAGGUCCAGUGAGGAUAAUCUUUUAUUGCUCCAGUGUUACUACAGGAGGAAACCUAAACUAAACUACCUUUAUUUAUACUGGAUAGCUCUAUCAGUUCUAAGCUGUUCUUCCUAGAGGUCUCUUAUUGAUCCAGUAUUACUACAAGAGGAAACCUAAACUAAACUAACUGUAUUUAUACUUGAGCUCUAUCAGUUCUAAACUGUUCUUCCUAGAGGUCCUGUAAGGAUCAUCUCUUGUUGAUCUAGUGUUACUACAGGAGGAAACCUAAACUAAACUAACUUUAUUUAUACUCGAUAGCUCUAUCAGUUCUUAACUGUUCUUCGUGGAGAUUCAAUAAGAAUCAUCUCUUAUUGAUCCAGUGUUACUACAGAAGGAAACCUAAACUAAACAUAACUUCAUUUAUACUGGAUAGCUCUAUCAGUUCUAAACUAUUCUAAGGUGUUGAGCAACCUCCAUCCAUUACUGGUCCACCUUUGUUCUGUUCUAUGCUUCCGUAAACUGAAAUAAUUGUAUAUGAGUUUAUGUUCAAAUGAUAACUAAAUUUUUACAUUCAUUUUAUCUCCAGUUACGAAGUCUAUCUUUCGACGAACUGCUUUCUCGCAUGAACUCUUUGGAUUCAGAAAUGGAAAAAGAAAUAGACACGCUGCGAAAACGCUACCAAGGCAAGAGACAGCCUAUACUGGAUGCCAUGGAAGCCAAAAAGCGACGUCAGCAAAAUUUUUAGGUCAACACGUAGACUGGGUAAAAGACAUCAAGUCAAAGACAAUAUUUUAUGCACCAUACGUGAUCGCCUAAUUUUCGGCAGGGCAGUUUGAAACUGAUUUUGAAAUUAAUAUCAAUUGUACAAAGGAGGCACAUUGCACGAAGUUAGCCUAUUUAUACGAGUGGGAAAGACAAUAUAGAAAGAUGUGUUGUUGUGCACGAUGAAUUUCAUGAUUAGGAAUUAUCAAAAUGAACGAGGCCAUUUUAAAUCCGCAAUGCGUUAUGGUCUAAUAAACACAUCAUGUUUUGACCAUAGCCUAUCGAAGGGAAGAUGGCUGUGAAACUCAUUAGAAUAACAAUAUGUUAGUCAACGUAUAACAAUAUGUUAGUCAUUAUCUAUGUUAGUCAACGUUUAUUCAUAAAUCUGGUCCUUCACCGUCACGUGUGUAUUGUGUUUUUGCCCAACUAACCAACAGCAAUGUUUUGGGAAAGUUAUACCUAUCCGUGACUCGAACAAUAGGGUAAAUUGGAAAUUGCUAUUGGUGGAUUUGGCAAAAAUACAAUACACACGUGACGGUGAAGGACCGUAUUUAUCAAUAAACGUUGACUAACAUAGAUAAUGAGUUAUAUUGUUAUUCUAAUGAGUUUACAGCCAUCUUCCCUUCGAUAAGCUAUGCUUUGACAAAGUAACUAUGUCUAUGGGGUCGCCAUGAACCAAUACGAGAACAUGUUUUGUGAUUAGUUGAGUAGAAACCUCCGAGGAUAAGAGUUCACGAAUUGUUACAGGGGACAUUUCAAGCUCUAGAUUAACAAAAUAAAGGUUUGAUGAAUGUUCCAACUAUGUUUGAAUUUAAAUAGAAUACAUGAUAGUGUUGGGAAAGCAUUAAGAACAGCUAACCAAGCUCGCGUGACCGCGAACUCUCGUACACUCUCAUCCUCGUUUUAAAAUACAAUUAAAGUCUGUAAAGAAUAAAUGUCCUGCAGAACGAGUCACAAUCAGUGAUCACUUUUGUUUUAGGGACUAGGAAACCAAUCACAGAACAUGUUCAUGUAGUUUAAAUAUGUUUGAAACAAGACCAGUGUUAUUCACAAUAAGUUUGUAGACGUUUCUGGUUUGAAAUAUUUAUUUGGUACGAGACUGUUAGUCGAAAGCUCGUACUAAAUAAAUGUUUAAAACCACAGAACGUCUAGAAACUUGUAUAUGUUCAUUUAGGUUGGUAUUCACCGACAAUGGAAAAUAUGCCGUGUUCGUAGAAAUGUUUUUAUAGUUCGCCAGAUUUUUUGCUCCACUGAAUUAGAUUGCAGUAUUCUAGCUAGUUUCUAUGUCUAUUCUGGCAAUCUCGAUAUAAAUAUGCCAUUUCCAUAUUAAAAAAGUCCAACAUGGUUAAACUUAAAUUGGAGACGAACGUGAAAGGGGGUUGAAACACUGAAACACUAUUAUUAUGCAUUUGUUUGCUGUUUCGCGCUCCGAGUUUGCGUAAAUUAUGUUGUUCAUCUUGCUUUAUUUAAAUAUUGAAAUUAGGAAUAAAUUUGGAACUGAAAUGAUAAAUUGUCACAACUUUUACCGUUCACCUAAAACCUCCUGUGUAACCCUCUUUAUCCACUCUUUAUCCCUUUAAAUCACAAUUUUACAACAAAUAUCCUUCGGUGCCACUGUGAAUCCACGAUAUAACUCUAUUUAUCCCUCGUAAUCCACCGUAUAACUUAUAUAUCCCCGUAAACCCCUUUAAUCCACUGUCUAACCCUGAUCAACCCUCUUAAACCUUUUAUUUCACUGUAUCACUCUGUUUAACCCUCGUAAACCAUUUCAAUCCCAUUUUGUAAGCCCAAUCUGUAUCCCCAGUUACCUUCGUAAACCACUUUAAUCCACUGUGUAACCUUAUCUAGCCCUCGUAAACCCCUUUAGUCCACCGUGUAACCCUGAUUAACCAUAUUAAACCUAGCCUGCGAGCAGGCUCUCUUUCACCCAGAGAGCCUGCUCGCAGGCUAUCUUAAACCCUGCACUGCAUCACCCUAUUUAACCCUCAAAUAAUUUGAAUCCACUUUCUAUCCCCAGUUAACCUUUGUAAACCCCUUCAAUCCAUCACUUCGUCAUCUCCAAGCAUCUUCAAGACGCGUGCAAAGAAAGACAAAAUUGAAAACACAAAAUUCAUGUCUUACCAUUCAGAAAGCGACAAUAUGAUGUCGGAAAGCGUUGAGCAAUUUAAAGAACUAGCGAGGCAGAUAGAAGGCGAGGAACACGGGCGCGGAGAUGAGCGAGAACCGGACAGCGAACGCGAGUAUCGUCGGAGUAAUUUUGAACGCGAACGAAAGCUUGACUCCACACACUCUAGUCGCUACCAACCGUACAGCACGUCUAGACCUGACCGCGAGUCUAGAUCGAGCAAAAAAGAACACCGUGUUUAUGUGUAUAAUCUACCCUUCUCUCUGAAAUGGCAAGAUCUUAAAGAUCACAUGAAAAAAGGUAUGUUUUCAGACGCGUUUAAAAACGAAACUAAGUUACAUGUAUAAAAAUAUUUAGUUCGAUUUUGAUGCUGAUUUUGAAUGGCGAUUUUUUGCACCUUUUUUGCUUUCGAUCUUAAAGUUUUGAUAUUCAUGUUAAUGUCUAAGUAAAGGGCUUCAGGUUUUGCAAAAAUAUUGGCUAGAAGUUGGUUGAUUUCUUGCAGAAUUUUAGGUUUUUCUCUGGGUUUUAUGCCACGUUUAGUGAUGUCAAAUAGCAACAGCUGGUGACAGUGAUCUGCAUGAGUGCAUGUGUAACUGGACUAAUAUAAUAACUUUUAGUUUAGUUGAUUUCCAUAAUGAAAAGAUGGCUGGCUAAUUGUGUCCUGGCUCUAAAAUAUUUUGCUCGCCACAAUUUAUUGAGUACGUAAAGUCUUGUGGGCCAUUCCAUUUAAUGAACACCCCCCCCCCCCUAUGGACGAGAAUUUCUGAGGGGGGUUGAAAAAGCUAUUUCAGUGCAUCGACAUCCUUUGAUCUUUACUCUUUUUCUGAGGGGUAAGGCAAAAAUUUCUUAAUUUGGUGGGGGGGGGGAUGUUUGUGUUGGCACUUUGAUCUUUUUUUCUUAGGAUUUCAAAUUUUAUUGACCUCGUCCAUAGGGGGAUUGGGGUGUACAUUAAAUGGAAUGGCCCUGUAUUUGGUUGCAAAUGAAUAAAGAGAUGGUGCGUCCAUUAUGUUGCAAAACAUGUCUGCCAACUUGUCGUCAUGUCCUGAUGAACGUUGUGAGUAGAUGUAAUACAUGGGUCACUCCAGAAAACAUUCACACUCCCCCCACGGAGGAAAUUGAAGGGGGGGGGGGGCUUCAGAUGUCCUAGUACAUUUUGUAUAUUAUGAGAACUAAUUUUUUGUAUUAUCAGAAGUAAUUUUCCCCCUUGCCCCUUUGGACAUCACAAAUUGCCUGUGUGGAUGGAUUGUUGAUCUUUUCAGGAAUGUCCCAAUUUUAUUUUCUUGCUCGUUCUUCCCCCGAAACACUUACUGAAAAACUGCUACUGUAUAUGGAGUACUAGUUGCUAAAUUACGCUCCUCGAAUUCUGUUACUUUUGCAUAUGGUUAGAUUCCAUAAUGUAUGCUGACAUUAGUUGGUGUGCGGUAGUUGUUGAGCAAUGCAAGGGGCAUGGCGUGUAGCACUGGUUUGAAUUUUUAUGUAUCAGACCUGUUAAGGUGCACUGCACUUGAUAAUGUGUCGUACAUUUUUAUAUAAUUCUAUGUCUAACUCCAGAGAUUUUACUUUUCAAAAGGAGAAGUUGUUGUUUGUUUAAUGGUUUACCAAACUGAGUUGACUUUGUUGUGUAGCUGGUGAUGUUGUUUUUGCUGAAAUUAUGGAAGAUUCGACGGGGAAGUCAAAGGUUAGUUGGUGUCAAAUGGAUGAAAGUUGUUCCUGGUAGGAAUGAUCCAAGGAUUUUGUCGAAUGUUUGCGAUCUUUAUGUUCCUGCUAGAAUUAUAUUCAUAAUUGGGAACCGGCUAACGAAUGCAGCUUUUAACAGUUUUACUGUAACCUUGUAAGAGAAUGUGUAAACUUUAUGGGAAUCUGGGUUAAAAUAAUUGGGUAGCUUGAAAAGGCUUUGAAAACAAAUGGUUCGGUUUUUGCUAUUGUAAGUCGUGAAAAAUGGCUGAUACGUUGUUAAAAUUUUGUUUUCUUGAGCUAAAUUACGCUCUGGUUUUGAAAGUUGGUUUCUGGUUUUGUAAUUUCGAAACAUUUGCCGUGGGAAGUUUUGGAAACGUGUGUCAUUUACUCCGUUUAGUUAGAAGUCGGUGCAUAAAAAUGCAAGGUUUGACGUUGUUUCGUGAAUGAACUAUUCUCUCAACCUUGAUGAUAGCAUUGAGCGAGCCAAGUUGACAUACAGCUUUAACAUUGUGGUUACUGUACAUUGUGUGUCGUGCAUCUUUCUCAUAAUUUUCUAAUGGAUGAGAUGUGAACAAGAGUUGCAUCAGAAAAGUUGAGGAAUUUGUUGUGGUUCUGUCAAAGAAAGUGGCAGAGUGUUGUGGAGUAAGCCAGCAUGUUGACUAAAGUCCUAAAGUUUAGUUUGCAAUUUAGGGUGUGUCAUGGUAAAUUAUAUCUCCCCCCCCCCCAAAAAAAAAAAAUACUUGUAAAUUUUUCUUUGCCUUUACCAAAAUAUGAUUUCAUUGUUUUAAUUAUUUCUUUCUUUUCAUUUGCAGGGAUGUGGGUAAGUAGAUUCGGUAUUUUUCUGAGAAAUUGCCAGCAGCCAUAGUUCUUAAACUGCAAGGGAAAGUAGGACUCAAAAUAACGGUUCACGUUAUGCCGGUCAUGAUGACUGUUCAGUUCCAAUUUUGACCAGUCAAAUACGAUUUCUGAUCAGUCAACUCCCACAAGACCCCACAAAUACUCGCCUCCCUAAGCUCACUCAAUGUAUUAAGCAACCAUCAAAUUUCAGCUCGCAGCACUCUUAACUUCAAUUAAAGUUUUAAAUAUAAACUUUGUCGUAUCUUAAUUUGGUCUAUUAUAAGUUAUCUGACCAGCAGUUAGCAUAAGAAAUUCAACAACUCAAAUUCAAAUGAAAAGUUUAAUACGAAGAAAAUCCUUACAUAAUAUUUAACUAACGGGUCCACAACAGCAAAAAAAUCAAUCUUGUUCCCAGAGCGCCAAAAUGGGGUGGUCACUAUGACCGGCGUCAUACAAACUUGGCUGGUCAUAUUUAAAAUUUGGUCGGUCCUUGACUGGCGACCGUCCGUUAUUUUGAGCACUGGAAAGUAAUAUCUAAUGAAUGUCGUUUCAUUGCACAGCGUUGUGGAGUUCACAUCAACAGAAGACGCUCAGAGAGCCAUCAGAGAAUUGAAUGACAGCGAUCUUCGAGGAAGAUUGAUGAAAAUACGAGAGGUUAGAAGAGCGAAUAUUAUACUUAAAAAUCAAGCAAUUCUACAUUAAAAUUGAGGAAAUUGAAAACUGGGCAAGGCAAGCAUGUUGCAUAUUGAAAUGUGUUACCAUCCAAUUGCCACUUAUAUAUUUUGGUAGGAUCAACAAGACCGUGAUGAACGUCCACGAAGACCUCGAGAUCGAGACAGGAGCAGUCGUGAUAGAGACCAUAGCAGUUCAGGAAGUCUUGGGAGUGUUGCAGGAUUGAGUAUGCUUGGUCUCGGACAGUUUGGUCUUCUACAACAGAUGAGCUCUAAAUCAGACACUGCUUCGUGCUCUGUUUUUGUCAGCAAUGUGAGUUUGCCGAGUUGCCAAAUCAAUAUCAGGACUUUCACCGCCGUUUAUUUUGUUUAGUACUUGAAAGAUUAAUUCUGCUCUCCUUCUAAGCUUUCAAACAAAGUUAUUUUUUUUCAACCUGCUCUACUUUAUAGCCUGGUUAUUUUCGAAAACGACAUACUAAUUCGUAAAACUGAUUUAGUUAUUUGCCAUCUUAAAUCUUAAAGUUAUCUUGUUUAAGAAUGAAAGUAGUGAUACAUUAUAAUUUGGUUACAGAGCUUAGUUGUGUUGCGUUCGAAUUAAUCAAUAUAAACUUAUGUGUACAGUAGUUAUUUGGAUGACUUUAAGACACCGUAGACCGCUUCGCACAGCCGCUUACUCAGAAUAAUUCCUGCCUUUGAUAACAUUGAAGUACAAUGUUGCAAGAUACAGCAUAUCAAGCCUGUUUACAAAUAAAGUCUCUAUUUUUGUCAUGUUAUUCCACAUAUAGUAUGCUUUUAUUGCUACCAAAGUAGCAGUCAGUAUUUUGCUUUGAAAACAAAUUUCAAUAAGACUAUUUGUCACUUGGUUGUUUUGAUUGGAAUUCUUGUUGUGCUUUCAAUACGGUUUUGGCUUUGAAACCAACUGUAAUUAUUUUGGGGCGAUUUUUUUAGCUUGAUUACAGAGUGACGUGGGCGAAACUAAAAGACACCUUCAAGGCUGCAGGUAAACAUUUUCUAAGAAACGAAAUGUACAUUCUACCAAACAUGUGUUACACCAAAUUUGGAAAAAUAAUUCUUUUCUUUCGGCUGUUUUCCGUGUAGGAAGAGUUGUACGUGCUGACGUAGCGGAGGACCAUGACAAAAAAUCAAAAGGUCAUGGUACUGUGCAGUUUGAAACACCUUUGGAAGCCAUCAAUGCUGUCUGUAUCCUUUUAUAAUUUGACAUGUUGAGAUUAUAAACCAUUCUGUUGUUGUAUUUUUGAUGACAGUAAAAGCUCUCCUAUGCUUGUAUCACCAAUGAAAUUAACUUCAUAACUGUUUGUUUAAAAGCCUUGACUUUGACAAAGUUAUAAUGAAUGGGAAAUCGAUUUAUGACAGAUCCAUGAAUGUCAGACUGGUAAGUCGCAUAGGUUAGGGCAUGCGUUUUUCAGUAUGUCUGUUCAUCAGGGCUCAAAAGAGCGGGCUGCCAUUGGGCAAAAGCAGGCCAUAUAAAAAAACUGCCAAGUAAAAAAUGGCAGGUGAAAUUCUAUAGAUAUAUUUCAUUUUCUUACCACAACUCAUAUAUACUAGUUCAUUUAGUUGACUAAAUACGUUUAUAUUUGAAAUGUAAAUCCAAGUUUACUGUCUGUAGUAAAAUAGACAAGUUUAUUUUUAAAUAAUAAAAAUGCAUAUCAUAAAAACAUUGAUUUUUACAAUAGGACUCAUAUGAGACAUCGCCAUUUUGGCAGUUCAGUGAAUAAAAAUGGCAGGCUAAAAUUUAUUUCACCUGCCAAAAAAUUUCAGACUGGCAGGCCAUAUUUCUUCUCAACUGUACUUUGAGCCCUGGAAUAGUUGCAACAUAUAGGGUAUUCUGGUUACUUCAGAAUUCUUCCUGUAGUAAUACUGGAUGAAUAAAAGAUAGCCUUACUUGACUAUCAAAUGACGUUGGUUAAUAAAUUGUAGGCUUCCUCCUGUACUGAACAUUUAAAGUUAAACUUAUCAUUGUUUGUUUAGGAUCGCGAGUCGCCAUAUUUCAGCAUGUUUGGCGGUAAUGAUGGUGGAAAAACCGGUUCCACCCUGGCUGCCACUGCUGGUCUACAGAGCAUGCCUAACUUGAACAGUCUGACCAGUUUGGCAGGAUUGUCCGGUAUGGGCGGUUUGGGAGGAGGUGUGAGUCCACUGGCAUUGCUACAACUUCAAAGCCUGCAAAGCCAGAUGUCUGGGUUGGGUGGUAUGGCAAGUUUGAAUAACAUGGCUGGGUUGAGCGGUUUUGGUGGGCUUGGUACGGCCGCAAUGAAUCUUGGGACAGGUGCCACUGGGACAGGUUCGUUCCAAAGUUCGCAGGGUCUUUCUGCCGCAGAUACAUCGUCGUUAGGUGGUUACUCGAAUACCAGUGCUUUGAACACGGCAAAUGGUAGUGGUCUGAGUGCGAGUGCGAUGAGUAAUCCCUACGCUCUGUGGAUGCAGCAACUCUAUGGAAUGCAAGGCUACGGUGGCACACAGGCUUCGUAUGGUACAGCCACUGAGACACAACCGCAAGUCAAGGGCGAUCCCGCGAAGCAAGUUUUUGUACGCAAUGUAAGUGGUGGAUAUUAGUCUCUCUUUGGUAACUCUGUUUGGUAGAGGAGAUCUAGCGUGUCUGUUUUAUCCAGGUCUUUUAUGUAUUAUACUCAAGUGGCGGAAAUCAUACUUAGUGACAUUUCUCGAAAUGAAAAAUACAAACUAGACUGGACUAUAUUUGGUUGAUAAUGUCUGAUUUGGGUAACUCUGUUUCAGAUCUUUUCUUGAGGGUCUUUAUGAGGCCUUCGAAUGUUAGUUGUCAAAUAAUAUUCAAAGUAUCUGUAGAUAAAUAUAUGUCAUUUCUAAAUUGCAGUUCCGUAGUUUGUCGGCGAGAUGCUUUCUUAGUUUUCGGCCAAAAAUACGGGCAAAUGUCACGGGUGAACAGUAUUUAGACUCUCUAUAUUUGCGUUUCUUCGGAGAUUUACCAUAUAUGAUGUAUUCUUCAUAAUACGUUGAAAGCAAAAUGAAAUACUCUGUUUGUUUGUCAAGUUUAUUUCUUGGAUUUAUCUCUUUGUGAUGGAGGUGCGAGCCCCUAAAAUUUUUCCAGUACUACUGGAAAUGGCAUUUUCACAAGUUAUCAGAUGACUUUUUUGCUUUGUAUUUAAUACCAUGUAUAAGAUUGUUCGUUUCGAAGGAAAGGAUUUAUUUUGCACACGGAGAUUGUGAUUUGGCUCGGGUGUUCAUUGGGUGCUAAAUUUUGAUAUUUGAAUGCAUAAUCUUUCCGUUGCCUUGGAGUUCUGUAUGUAUUUUCGGUAGUCUUCAUUCAAUAAUUUAUUUUGGCAUUUGUUGCGUUUGUUUCUGGGUGGGUUUGAGGGUGGGGAUUGUGAGGGUUGUGUUGGGUUGGCCAUGAACACCUCAUGGAUCAACGCAUAUCCUGGUAUCAGGCAAAGAUCAGGAUGACGCGGUAAGUUUCCACCCUUUUAAGUCGAAUUGUAUGACCCAAGGUCGCUAUAGUCAGAUGGUCUGAUAACUGCAGUGCACGAUGGUGCUUAGUGAAACCUACCUUUACCAUUUGAAAAUUAAUUUUCGACAAGAAAAUUAAUCUUGCGUUUGUUAACUUGAUGUUUUUCAGCUUCCUUGGAAAGUAACCUGGCAAGAUUUAAAAGACAAAUUCAGAGAAGCAGGUACUAAAAUCUAGUCUACAGUAUCAAACUUGCCUUGAUAACAUUUUAUGAUUUUAUCUUGUUAACCGAGAUCGCCGAUAUUCUCGUUUAUAUAGACUCUGAAUAUCGCUUUAUCAUUUCUUGUUUAGGUCGUGUUGUUCGAGCUGAUGUUUUAAUGGAUGACAGCAAGAGGUCUAAAGGAUGUGGCACAGUUCUUUUCGAAUCUGCGGAAGAGGCCUCUCGUGCAGUCUGUAUCUUUUUAAAGAAAUUUGUCCUUCACGUUUCCUCUUGUAGUAACACUGGAUCAAUAAGAGAUGAUCCUUACUGGACCUCUAGCAAGAACAGUUUAGAACUGAUUGAGCUAUCCAGUAUAAAUAAAGUUAGUUUAGGUUUCCUCCUGUAGUAACACUGGAUCAAUAAGAGAUGAUCUUUACUGCACCUCUGGCGAGAACAGUUUAUAACUGAUAGAGCUAUCCAGUGUAAAAUACAACAGUUAAGUUAGUUUAGUUUAGGUUUUCUCAUGUAGUAACACUGGAUCAAUAAGAGAUGAUUUUUACUGGACUUCUAGGACGAACAGUUCAGAACUGAUAGAGCUGUCCUGUAUAAAUAAAGUUAGUUUAGUCUGGGUUUCCUCCUGUAGUAACACUGGAUCAAUAAGAGCUGGUCUUUACUGGACUUCUAGGAAGAACAGUUUAGGAUUGAUAGCGCUAUCCAGUAUAAAUAAAGUUAGUUUAGUCUGGGUUUCCUCCUGUAGUAACACUGGAUCAAUAAGAGAUGAUCUUUACUGGACCUCUAGGAAGAACAGUUCAGAACUGAUAGAGCUAUCCAGUAUAAAUAAAGUUAGUUUAGGUUCCUCCUGUACUAUUAACACUGGAUCAAUAAGAGAUAAUUCUUACUGGACCUCCAAGGAGAAUAGUUCAGAACUGAUAGAACUAUCCAGCAUAAAUAAAGUUUAGCUUCAGUAGAAGUGUUUUUCCUUGACCUUGAAUCUUCUAGUGUCAUUUAAUGGGACUAUGAUGGAUGGUCGUGAGAUUGAAGUGAGGAUGGAUCGUGGCUGA